AUGCUUCCGAAAAGGGCUCUGCUGGCCUCAUCCCUUCUCUUCUGGCUGCACGCGCGUCACACGAGGGCCGAGAUCACCACUGAGCUCGAUAGCACCGACCCUGACACUUCCACCCUCUUAUCUUCUAGCGACCCCUCGAGUCAAUCGAUUCGAAGUAAAAUUGAUUAUCCCAGUCGCAACCUGUUCUCAAGCACUCUGAACGCCUCGACAAUCGCUCAAGUAUUCAGCCGCCGGGACCCUGACUGGACUGCUAUUGGCACCGCACUAGAAGAGGCGGUGGUGGCCACCGUCCAAUGUGUGCAACGAUGGACGGUAUUUCUUGUGCUCGUGGCUGUGCCACUUAUUCAAGCUUUGGCCGUGCUGAUGGGAGUCGCUCUGCCUCAUGUGCUCAACCUCGCUACGGUCGGAAUUAACUACGUGAGCGAGAUGGACCCUCUCCAUCAGUCGCUCUUGGCCGCUGCGGUAAUCUUUGCAGCGGUCUGUGUGCGUCAGGGCUAUGUGCGCAAGGCCCGAAUACAGUAUCAUACAACGAAAAGGAAACUGGAACUCCGCUACCGGAUGUUUGUGGCAAGUUUGAGCGCCAAGUGGCGCGUGGUUGCCAAGCUGCUGCCUCACGUGCUCUUUUUUGCUCUGAGCUUCGAAGUGUUGUACUGGCUACCAGACUCAACGACGAAUGUGCUGGGUAGUAGCGCGCUGUUCACGCUGCUCUCGGUUGGGUAUCCGCUGCUGCAUACGAUCAGAGUCAUUCGACACAAGAGGUUUAAUCUGAAGCACGUCAAGUCGACUCCACCAGCAUCAAAAUCAGGUCGCACGCGUGAGCUUAUCACGAAAUUCGACCAUGUUUGCGUUCCUGGCGGUGAAUGGAGGGCAUACGAGGCGUGCAUGAAGUACUGGGUCAUCUGGUCUUUCGCGGUCUGUCUCACAAGCAUAGUGACCCUCUUCUUGCCGGCGUUUGUGACCUCAUUUUGUACGGUGCCGCUCCAGUUUUGCAACGUUUUUCUACUUUGGAUGCAUUCUUCGUUCACUCGGGGGACUAUUGCGCUCUAUACUCUGCUGAGUCCCCUGAUUAGUCCAUACGCGAGUCGUCUUCAUGAGCGUGAAGCCACAGUUGAUGCGGAGGCAGACGAAAGGACGAACUUUGUGAUUCACCUUCUCGUGUCAUUUCGAGUUGUGCCAGAACGACACGUGCACUUGGCAAAGGACCUUUGGUCACAAGGUCCAGCGCUGUUUGGUCUCAUUUUUCUGUUUACGCCGGGAUUCGUGGCUUGCCGAGGCUGCUUAUUCAUGGGCUUUGGUUUUCCUGCCUACGUGACCAUUGGAGUGCUUAGUGAAAAACGGACGCGGCGCUACGAGUGGUGGCUCGCAUACUUCUGUGUUGCAAUCACGGUGAACUAUGUGAUGACAGCAAUCGGACAAGAGAUCGGGUGGCUUCCUCUGUUUUAUCACGCGAAGCUGCUGGUGUUGAUGUGGCUACAGUUUCCGUACUUUCAAGGCGCCGAACGACUUUUUAACGCAAGCUUUUCGAGUGUAUUUAUUGUACCGAAGCUAAAGGACGAGUAA